AAAGCUGGUGGGUGCGGGCGGCCUCGGUGAGUCGCUGCUCGCCACAUCCGGCUGCCCCGGGCGGGGCUCGGCAGGCACCAUCCGCUGGAGCACGGGGGCGGCGUGUGUGGGGGUCCGGCUCGGUGUGAGCCGUGCGGGACGACGGCGAAGGGGUGGGAGCGCCCCAGCAGCAGCAGCAGCAGGGCGCGGUGCCGUUGAGGGCUGCCAGGACCCGGGAAACGACUGUCGGUACCGUGGCGGUCCCGAGCGCAGCGCGGUGACUCCUGACGCAGAUAACCAACCCGGGGCUGGUGGAGCAGCAAAAGAAACGUAGCUCCUGUAGCGCUGUUAGCGCUUGCGGUAAAGGUGUCUGUUGUAGCGCAAUGGCUAAUAUAAAGACAGAAGAUGAAAUAAUCCUCUUUGAGAGAGAAAUGAAAGAGUUUUGGACCAAGUUAAAAAGCAUUUAUGGCACUGAACAGAUCAAUCAGACUUUAGCACUGAGAGAUUCAUGCCAGGAGUCCAUAAAAGCACUUUCAGAGAAAUGGUCCAAGAAGCUGAAAGAAGGGGACAUGAUGAUUGAUAAAAUUCACGAGUAUAGUGAUGAGAUUCUCCAACAGAGCCAACGCAUAUCAGAAAAUCAAGAGCAUUUGACAGAAAUAAAGUCUAACCUAAAUCAAGAAGAAGAGCAAAAGCAGGCCUUGACUGACAGCAUCCAAGAGCUUAAAGAAGAGUUGAUGAAGAAAAAGGAAAUAAUAUCUUCUAAAAACAAAGCUGCUAAGGAGAGAGUGGAACGACUAUGCAAGUCUAAAGUAUUGUUUGAGGAGCGGCUUGGACUGGAGAUACGCAGAAUUCAUGAUGAACAAUUACAGUUUAUAUUCAGACACAUUGACCACAAAGAUCCGGACAAGCCAUUUGUGUUUACUCUUUCCAUAAAUGAACAGGGAGAUUAUGAAGUGACUUCCUGUACUCCUCCUCUGGACUGUAUAGCAGAGUUCCAGCUCAAAGUGAGAGAAACUAACAAUUUUUCUGCAUUUGUUGCCAACAUCAGAAAAGCUUUCACUGCUUUAUCUUAUAAAUAGUCUGCAUAAAACUAGCUUAUACCUCUCCUUCUAGCUGUAGAGAAUUUUUUUUUAGUUUCCUUCCUGUAUUGUGAAUGUAUGUAUUUAUCCAUGUCUUACUCUAAUUUCUAAAUAAAGAAAAAUAAUGAAAACAGUAUUUUAGUUCACUGACAUAUAAAGAUGUUUUGGAUCAUUCUUCAAACAACAGUAUAAUCAACUACUUCCUUAACUGAAUGUCUCCAGCCAUGUAAAUUUUGAUCCAGUAGCUUAAUGAUGUAAUGAUCUCUAUUUAGCUACCCAGGAAGAUAUUAAAAAUAUAGUACUUCCUGUAAUUUAUGUCUCUUCCAAAAGCAUAGAAGUGUCUCUCAGUUUCUAUGUGGUUGGAAUAUGCCUGAAACCUACCAAAAAUAAUGCAGUGAAUCUUUGCAGUUACUUCACUUACCUGCAUCAUAGGUCAUGAUCUUAAUUUUUACCCUGUCUUGUACUCUCCAGUGUUAAUCACCCACUUUCAUACAUGUAAAUUGUUUUUCUUUGGUCUAAACCCCACGUAUUUUAGUGCCUGUUUCAGAUUCUUGUCUGGAUCCCUAUGUCUGUUAGAAACAAAACCAUUUGGUGUGCUUGCUAUUCUUGAAUAAAGCUCUUAAUAGGAGCAGGUGGGAACUCUGUAUUGGUUUGAUCAGAAAUCCUAGAGACCUGAACUAGAACCCUGCUGUAGCGGAGAGGUUCCUAGCUCCCAAACUACCCAGCUGGGCAGAUGAGCUGGCCUAAAACUUGAACUGCAGUGGUGAAGGAGUAGCACUCAGAAGACUACCAGCCUUAGUGUUUUAUCCGGUAUGUUUUAGAACAGAUUAGUCUUUUUCCUUUAUUAAAUAAAGCAUGUUGGAGUGAAGGACUAUUUGUCAUUGGAAAUCUUAAGACAGAGCAAAGCCUGAAUUAUAAUGUAUUAAAGUAUGAGAUACAGUAGUUAAAUCAUCUGUGUAUCUUGCAGCUUAUCAAUAAGACUAUUGCUGCCACAGAAAAAGAAGUGUUUUAGUACUCAGUUUUGAUUAUCUUGUUUGUAAAAUCUUUUUCUUUUCUAAAUAUUUAAAUGGACAUCUGCAACAAGAAAGGAAACUCUUCAUUUGAUAAUAGAGUUCGUAUAAAAUCUUACUAUUCAAAACUGGAAAUUGCAGUAGAGUAAAAGACCACUUGAAAAUUGAUGCUGAUCCCUCUCAAAACACAAAUUUCUAAGUACAUAUGUACUGUGUGAAAUAUAGUGUAAAAAUAUUCAAUGCUCUCCUAAAUAAUGAAAAUAACCCUUUAAAAUAUCUUUUUCAAGAAUGUUCCAAGUUUUUUCAACAAAAACAAAGCUUCAAAACAUUUUCUGUGAAGUGAAAACGCUUCAUUUAAAAUAACUCCCUGUCUCAAAGCACCUAUAAACAGACACCCCUGUCUUUCCUGGGAGAUGCUGGUUCUGUUAACUACUAUAAAUUUAUACAGCAUGUACUUACAUUAGCAUUUCUUGUUUUAUCAGGAGUGGACUUUUGGAGUGAAUCUCCUGAUGCUCACCGCUUUGGUUCAUAUCUGGAAUGCAAACUGCAUUCCUUUUGGAAGGCAACUAAACUGGGAGAUGCACCCAUAAUGCGUUCCUGCUGCUCACAUUAUGUAGUCCACAGGACAGACCAGAGCUGGUCCAAACCAGUGCUUAGUGCAGAUGUUGGUCUUCCCAUUUACUAAUGUAACUGUAGCAGCACUCACUGUUCUUGCCCCAACCUAUAAUUGUAUGCUUGGGGGAAAAAUCCAGAAUAAACACUCCCUCCACCCUGCCUUACUCCUAUCUUUUCAUCAGCUUCUUAAUAUGUAAACCUGGCCAUUUAGGCAUGUUUAGAUCCAGUGAUGCUGACAAGAUAUUCUUACUACAGUUGAGAAUAUUGCCCAGUCUGACAUGAACCAUAUUUUAAAUCACGUGGUUUGUCUAAACGUAACAGUGCAACUUGCUGGGUACAGCACAGACUAUGCGCUCAGUCUUCUGCAAGGUAGCUAAAGUGCAUCUUAACAAAACCCAGUAACCCGUGUUUGCGUAUGUUGG